UCUUCCCCUCCAACCCGGCCUUUUCUUCUUCACACGUUGGAAAUGCUCUAAUUCUUCAUUCUGAGAAAGCAAGCAAGCAAGCAGAGAACAUAUCAAUCAGCCAAGAAAAUGAAAGAAGCCGUUGAGCUAUUUUUCUUCCCUGCACUUGGAAUGGGGCACCUCUUAUCUGCAGUUGAAAUGGCAGAGCUCCUUAUUCACAGAGACCACCAUAUCUCCAUCACCAUCUUCAUCUUGAAACCACCUUUGGACCUCAAAAUCACCUCUUUCAUCCAAUCCCAAACCUCGGAAAGGCGACUGAAGUUCGUGACACUCCCCGUGGACGAGUCGAUCCCCAUCGAUUCCACCAAACCGACUCCUCUGAUGAUCCCCAUCGACCCUUACAAACCUCGUAUCAGAGAAUACGUUCAAGAAACCAUCCGUAGCAUACGCCUGGGCGGAUUCGUAGUCGACAUGUUUUCCACGGCCAUGAUUGACGUGGCGGACGAAUUUGGAGUUCCGACCUAUGUGUUCUACACCUCCGGCGCCGCCGUGCUCGGCUUCCUGCUACAUAUGCAGAGAAUCAGCUUGGAAGGUUUAAGAGGGUGCGAGAGGGAUCUCAAUAUCCCAACUUACGCCAACCCUUUUCCCUCUAAGUUGACCCCCUCUGCUCUGCUAGAGGAACACGGUUUCGCGAUGUUCCUCACCAUAUCCAAACUGAUCAGUGGGACAAAGGGUGUUAUUGUGAACACCUUUCUCGAACUCGAAUCCCACGCAAUCAAGACCCUCUCGGACGACCCAAACUCCCCGCCUGUAUACCCUGUCGGACCGAUACUAAACCUGGCCGGCCCCGGGGCCGGUGAAGGUAGCAAACAGAUUUUGGAAUGGCUGGACGACCAGCCGGAGGGUUCGGUUGUGUUCCUUUGUUUCGGGAGCGGGGGUUACUUCCCGGAGGAGCAGGUGAAGGAGAUUGCUAUUGCUUUAGAGCGUAGCGGGCAGAGGUUCCUGUGGGCACUGAGGCGUAUGCCAGAAAAGGGUUCUCUUAUUCCCGGGGAAUACAUCGAUCCCAGAGAAGUCCUGCCGGAUGGAUUCUUGGAAAGGACGCAAGGAGUAGGGAAGGUCAUUGGGUGGGCUCCCCAGGCGGCCAUAUUGAGCCACCCAGGGGUCGGAGGCUUCGUUUCACAUUGCGGGUGGAAUUCGACACUCGAGAGCAUCUGGUUCGGGAAGCCAAUGGCGGCCUGGCCUAUCGCCGCGGAGCAACAAGCCAAUGCGUUUGAAAUAGUGAAGGAGAUUGGAAUAGGGGUAGAUCUUAAGAUGGAUUACAAGAGGGAUUUCAAGGAUGCAACCAAAUUUUCUGAAAUGGUGAGGGCGGAGGAGAUAGAAAGGGGAAUCAAGAGUGUUAUGGAUCCUCUAAAUCCCAUUAGGUUGAAGGCCAAAGAAAUGAGUGAAAAGAGCAGAUCAGCCAUAGUGGAGGGUGGCUCAUCCUACACUUAUGUUGGGCGGUUCAUCCAGGAUGUCUUCAGCAACAUCAAUUAAUAGUUAGUCUUAGUUUAAGAACCAAUCAUUAAAUUUUUUUCUUCUAGUUUCUACAGUUCUCAAUGAUAUGCUAAUAAGGUUAAAAAGUUAAAAACAUUGUACUAUCAAGAAGAGAGUCUUGAGCAAGUAAUGGUUGAUUGGUUCUUUGUUUAAAUAUACGGUGUUUGUUUACAUCUAGCUA